GGGCGGCAGCGCGGCCGGGAUGGCGCGGAGCGGCGCGGCUCUCGGCAGGGCGCUGGCCGGAGCGGCCGCCGCCAGGCACUUGGCUUCUUGUGGUAUUCUGAUGACCAGAACUUCUCCUUUGCAAGCACCUGUAAUGAGCCAUACUUUUUCAAGAAAUUUCUUCAAUGUUGCUGCACCACUAAUAAAUAAAAGAAAAGAAUAUUCUGAAAGAAGAAUUAUAGGGUAUUCCAUGCAGGAAAUGUAUGAAGUCGUUGCUGUUGUGGAGAAUUACAAACUCUUUGUUCCUUGGUGUAAAAAGUCAGACAUACUCUCGAGGCGCUCUGGGUACUGCAAAGCACAGCUAGAAAUAGGAUUCCCUCCUGUAGUAGAGAGAUACACAUCAAUUGUAACCCUAGUGAGACCACAUUUAGUUAAGGCAUCAUGCACAGAUGGAAAACUCUUUAAUCACUUGGAAACAGUGUGGCGUUUGAGCCCUGGUAUCCCUGGUUAUCCAAGGACAUGUACAUUGGAUUUUUCAAUUUCUUUCGAAUUUCGUUCACUUCUACACUCAAAACUUGCUACGCUAUUUUUUGAUGAAGUUGUAAAGCAGAUGGUUGCUGCCUUUGAAAGAAGAGCAUCCAAACUGCAUGGCCCAGAAACCAGCAUCCCUCGGGAGCUGAUGCUGCAUGAAGUUCAUCAGACGUAAAGGAAACCUGUAACAACCUCAGCUAUAAACUCGUUUGUACACUUCAUUUGUACAAAGUGCCGUGCUCCUCCUUUGGGGCAUCUAUUUCUUGUCUGAGCUUGGGUGUGAUCUUACACUGUGCCAAACAUACCUGCUCAGACAGACACAGAAUGUUCAAAAGCUGCAAUCAAGUGCAGCUUAAAGCCUUAUCAGUAACAGACACCUGGCAGCUCCUGUAACCCAGGCUAUCUCAGCUGCCGUUUAACGCCUAACGGCUCCUGGAAUCACAGCCCAAGCUCUGCCUUAGCCAAGCUCCUGGGGUUUUUAGCACUGUUACUUAUUAACUCAGCUUUGUGGGAAUGUUAACUUCAGAGCAUCAACUCAGCCAGCUCUGCCCAAGCAAAGGCCAACUGACACACUGGCUUCAUUGCAAAUGGCACAGUUUGGCAACCAUUGAGGAGUUGUGCUUUGAAUUCAAUUGAAUGGCAAAGGUAAGUCAGGGAUCUCCAGUUGCUCCUAGAGUGACCAGCAACUGCUCUAGAACUUCCCUCGUUUUCAGGGGUGAAAUGCAUAAGGAGUACCAUAAGCUGAGUGCAGCAGUUUCAGCUACAGCCAGUGGUUCCCAGCCUGGAAUAUGUAGCACAUUUGGCAGGCUGAACUUGCUUCUUGCCACUCCUUCCGUGGUACAUGCUGCACUUUGGUUACCUCCAUCUCACCUAAUGCAAACAGAACACUUCAAUGCAAGUGUUACCUCUGAGAACCAGGUACCUGUACUGUCCUCCCUGGAAGCAGGUUACAAGAGACCCUGCACUUCCUGCAAACAAGCACUGCCGAGGCCAGCUGCCAUCAUAAAUCAUGUAAGAAAACACUAAACCUUCAAUCUUUGAGGUUUUCCAGUACCAUACUCCUACUGUGCUAGUAUCAUCCCGAUUAAAUACGUGUUCAGGACUUCUAUUCCUGAAAUACUCUCUUCCCAGUCUCUGAAGAAACCAAGUGAAUAGGUUUAAACAGAUUCUAAAUCUUUACUUUAUGCUGUCUUGCAUUACCAAAUUUCCUUACUGAAAUUAGGUGAAGCUUCAGGCCAGGUGCUGAUCCUUUCUCUGCAGUAUAUGUAGUCCCUAUGGUUACUAAAGAACAGCAUAUUAAAUAACAUAGAAAGGUAUGUUUCAAAAUAAAGACAACCCUGAAACA